AUGCUUCCCGUCUCCAACCUCCCGCAGCAGACUGCCCCCGCCGCCGGGCCAUCCCUCAGCCCUGAAUCUGACGGUCCACAAAAGCCAAAGAGAGCGAGGACAAGCAAGCCCAAGGUCAAAACCGGAUGCCACAAUUGCAAACAUCGCAGAAUCAAGUGCGACGAGAAGCGCCCUGCCUGUACUCAAUGCGUUCGUUCUCGCAAAGAAUGCGCCGGCUAUCCGGCUCCUCCAAGAAGCGCCAGGUCUCAUGAAGUCCUCGCGAUUGCACCAAAACCCCUCGCUGCCGCGCCCACGCCGAUAGCCUCGGCGCAACAUGGCACCGAUAUUGCCCCACGAAGAAGGCAGAAGAUCCGGGAACGCGAGCGGCAGCACCUGACACCACCACAGACGCCAUUGCCAUCUAUCAAUGCCAUCGCCCCCAUCUCCAUCUAUCGUCCAUCGGCCAAUCUCCCCCUGGCCACGCACGAGGGACUGUACUUCCAGCUCUUCCGAACACACACCGCCAAUGAGUUAUCGGGGUACUUUGAUUCCGUCUUUUGGACGCGAACGGUCUUGCAAGAGUGUCAUUCCGACAAUGCCAUCCGCCACGCUGUCGUAGCCCUCGGCGCUCUCUACAAGACUCUGGAGCAGACAUCCGAAUCGCCACCAGGUUCACCCUCGAAUAACGACAACCUCAGUGCCUUUGAUAGUGCCAUGCGACACUGGGAGGUUGCCAUACGGCAGUACUCGGAAGCUAUCAAUGCGCUCGUUCACAUGGACAACCAGGAUCAGAGGUCGAACCGAGGACGUCUCAUGGCCAGCGUUCUCCUCGCUUGUUUUGAUUCCUUUGUUGGUGACCACAAGCAAGCCAUCGUGCAAAUCCAGAACGGUCUGGGCUUGCUGGAGAAGCUCCGGGCAGAGCGACGCCAGUCCUUUUACGUUGGAUCCGAAGAACCUGUGGAACAAGAGCUCAUCACCAUGUUUACGCGACUCGCGAUUCAAGCCAAGUCUUACGACAUGGCAUUCCACUUCCCGCAGCCGUACGUCAUUCGCCUGACCCCGCAGUCAUCGGACUCGUCAUCGUCGCCGCCGUCUGAUGCGGGAAGCUCGCCAUCGUCCCUGAACCCUUCGGAUAUCCCUGAUCGCUUUUUUACCCUGAUGGAAGCACGGCUGACAUACGACAAGCUUCUCGAGAAGAUGUUGCGGUUCACAGAGACGCUGUUCAGCUACUCGCAAGCCAGCGGAGCCAACAAUCCAAUGGGUAUCCUUCCGAAAUCUCUCCAGCAGUAUGGCCUGAGCUUCAAGGGUCAGCUGGACGCUUGGGCCGUGGCGUUUGAUCCCAUCCUGCAGUCUCGCACGGCGCCGAGCGUCACACAUCAGGAAAAGGCCGGCAUUGCGGUGCUCAAAAUGUUCCACAUUAUGAGCCAGAUUCUGUACCUCAUGACGUUCAGCGACAAUGAGUCGCAAUUCGACAUGUUUCAGGCGCAGUUCAAGACGAUAGUCGACCUCGCGUUGGAGGUGGUAGGUGAUGAGGAACGGCGAGCGGCAGCUAAGCGAUGCCCCAACCCGGAGCUAUGCCAGCAUCGGCAAGCGUACAGGCCGGACAUUUUCGGAGGACGCGAGUACACCACGCACCACAUCAAACCGAGCUUUAGCGCCGACCUGGGUAUUGUGCCACCUCUAUUUGUGGUGGCGACCAAGUGCAGGAACGCUGUGAUACGACGCCAGGCCAUCCAAUUGUUGCGCAGCAGCGCGCGGCGAGAGGGCAUGUGGGACAGCGAGCUGACGGCACGGAUCGGGCACUGGGUCACGGCGAUUGAGGAAGAGCCGGACGUGUUGGCUUCAGCGAACGGUUGGGGCAUGCCACAGCCAAGCGUGCCCACCCGGCACGGAUCGCUCGAAUUUGGGGCCGACGUGCCGCUAGGCCCCGGUGGCAACGCGCGAUGGGACACGCCCCAAAACCACAGGCAUAACAGCAGCCCCGGUCUCAGCAGGGCGACGCCAGGUCCGGUGCCUGAGGACAAGCGCGUCAUGGUGAGGGCCGUCGACUUUGACCUGCGGGCUCGAUUCGCUCGACUGCAGGUGGGCACGCGGGGCAUCGUGCCAGGGGCGCCUGACAUGCGGUCGAGAGUGACGCAGAUUCACUGGUGA